AUGGGGGCAAAUGAGAACAAAGAUGAGAUCCAUGUCAUUCACAAGAAUAAACUGGAGCUGCGGGAGAUAGUGUUUGUCAUCCAAAGUCAAAGAAACUCCUUCCAUGUGAAGCAGGCAGAAAGGCAGAGAGCAGAUUUACUCAAGCAGGCGCAUAGCCUCACAGCGAACCCCCCCAAGGUUUUGUUUCUUCACAGUUUGUCAGAAAAUGAAGGUGAUUGGAGCAUCCUUCCUCUGCUGCCUUACUUGUCCAACUCGUUUGAGAAAAACUCGUCCUGGAUCGUGUUUCUCGAGGAGGAAACAAAUGUAAACAUUGUUACUCUUCUCCACGUCCUGGUAAAAUUUGACAAGAGCAAAGAGUGGUUUCUUGGUAAACCUCUGCAUGAUGAAGAGUCGACCAUCAUCCAUCACUACGCCUUUGCAGAGAAUCCCUCCAACUUCAAAUACCCCGACUUCGCUGCUGCUUGGGCUUUGAGCAUCCCUCUUGUUGUUCGGCUUGCGAACAAAGUGAGAGACGAUCCGCUUAAAUCAGACUUCACUAUUGACCUGAAACACGAGAUUGCUUUGUAUAUCUGGGACAACGGGAAGGGCCCCCAUCUCACUGCCGUUCCUCAAUUGUGCACCGAGCCGAAGGACUCUCCUCUCGCUCAGGAUUGUGCAACCUCUCUGAGCAAAGUGCCCCCAGUGUGUGGGGUGCCUGCAAAAAAAGAUGAUUUAUUUGUCGCUGUGAAAACAUGCAGAAAGUUUCACAGUGAAAGAGUUCCAGUGAUAAAGAAGACUUGGGAAAAGGAUGCCUUUUUUUUAGAAUACUACAGUGACCACACUGAUCCUUCGAUACCAACCAUUAAUUUAGGAGUUCCAAACACUGAACGAGGCCACUGUGGGAAAACCUUUGCAAUCCUGCAAAGAUUUCUGAGCAGUGCUGUCCCGAACACCACGUGGCUUGUUAUUGUGGACGAUGACACUCUUAUCAGCCUCCCGCGACUCCAAGUCUUGCUGAGCUGUUACGACCCCUCUGAGCCGGUGUGUCUCGGAGAGAGAUACGGCUACGGGCUGAGCCAAGGCGGCUACAGCUACAUCACCGGAGGCGGAGGUAUGGUGUUCAGCAGGGAGGCUGUGGUCCGAAUUCUGAACAGUGGCUGCAAGUGCUACAGCAAUGAUGCGCCGGAUGACAUGGUGCUGGGAAUGUGCCUCAAUUCUCUCAGGCUUCCCAUCACACACAGUCCUCUCUUUCACCAGGCCCGCCCCGAGGACUACGCCAAAGAGCUUUUAGCUCACCAGGUGCCCAUCUCCUUCCAUAAACACUGGAACAUCGACCCCGUUGGUGUUUUCAACAAGUGGCUCAGGGACGACUGGAGGGCGAAGACUUUAGAUGAACUUAGGAGAUCAGAGUUAUGAUGAGCACACAUGGGUCUGUGUGUGUGUGUGUGUGUGCUUGGUAAGAGAAUAAAGAAUUAUAUCUACAGUAUACACAUAUGUAAAUGUUUUUAUAUUGUUACCGUUGAACUGUUAUUAAA